UGCAGCGCCGUCGCCGGCCGGCGAUCACUCAGUCGCCUUUAGCGCCGUGCAACGCAGUCACUCAGUCAGUCGGUGAGUGGAGUCGGUCUACAGGUAUUCUCGCGUAUUAAUCGCGUACACGCGCACCUAGCGUCGCGACGUCCAAGCACGACGCCAGCACCCCGAAGAGGAAUCACUAGGAGAUACGACGUCGACCAUUAACGUGAAUUCGCGUCGCCGUGAGUCUCCUGCGAAAUUUUUACCAGAAAACAAGUCCCGUCGAGCUACGUUCGGUCCGAAGGUGGAUACGCAAUGGCGACGAUGAUCGAUCUUCUCGAGUAUCGCGAUUGUUGUCACACGUGAACGCUCGACGCGACAAGCUGCUGUUUUCACGUCGAUCCUCCAUGCUGCAUUGAACGGCAGUGAACUUCGGCGGAGGGUGAAUGGUGAAAACGUGUAGUGUCGGAAGGUGUCUGUAAGAGCUGGUCGGGGCGUAAAGUGUGACUCCGUUGAGAACAAGUGACCUUGAGGAGGGAUUAUCCAAGCAAAAUGAUGAAGAAGGAGAAGCCGAUGAUGUCGGUUACUGCCAUCAUCCAAGGCACCCAGGCACAACACUGGGCACGUGGGAAUACCUGAUUCCGACAUUCUCGAAACGUCGAUGUGUUACAAGUACCAAGACACGCCGCAAGGAUGCGCUGUCGUCCCGAGUCAGAAACAUAAAGGAAACCACGAUGAACGAAGGCCGAUUUAUUUUGACGCUUCGGAGAAAAGACUGCUGCCAUUUUCUUUCUCGGCUGAGUCUGGACAACAGCCACAUGUCAAUGUCCUCGGUGGGGCCGCAGAGUCCGAUGGAUAUGAAGCCGGAUACGGCCAGUCUUAUCAACACUGGUAACUUCAGUCCUUCCGGUCCGAACAGUCCAGGGUCGUACAGCAUCGGUGGACACAGCAGUCUUUUGAGCACGUCGCCCGGCGGUCAAAGUAAAACCGGUGCGGGUUCGCCCUAUCCUCCAAAUCAUCCUUUAUCUGGAAGCAAACACCUGUGCUCUAUCUGCGGCGAUCGCGCCAGUGGAAAGCACUAUGGAGUUUACAGUUGCGAAGGAUGCAAGGGAUUCUUCAAGCGCACAGUACGGAAGGACCUCUCGUAUGCGUGCCGGGAAGAGAAAUCAUGUAUAAUCGACAAGAGACAAAGGAAUCGCUGUCAGUACUGUCGGUAUCAAAAAUGCCUGGCGAUGGGUAUGAAGAGGGAAGCAGUUCAGGAGGAACGACAGAGGACCAAGGAACGUGACCAGAGCGAAGUGGAGAGCACCAGUAGUUUGCACGCGGAUAUGCCAGUCGAGAGAAUUUUAGAAGCGGAAAAGAGAGUGGAGUGUAAAACGGAGCACCAGGGAAACUACGAGAACGAAGUGUCAAAUAUUUGCAACGCGACAAACGCACAGCUGUUCCAGCUGGUCGAGUGGGCUAAGCAUAUCCCUCACUUCACGUCUCUUCCACUGGAGGACCAAGUCUUGCUGCUGAGGGCGGGAUGGAACGAGCUUCUCAUAGCAGCCUUCUCUCAUCGCUCGAUAGACGUCAAGGACGGGAUCGUCCUGGCAGCUGGUAUCACCGUUCACAGGAGUUCAGCUCAUCAGGCAGGCGUCGGUAUGAUAUUCGACCGGGUGCUGUCUGAGCUGGUACCGAAGAUGCGGGAGAUGAAGAUGGACAAGACCGAGCUGGGCUGUCUGAGGUCGAUCAUACUCUUCAAUCCGGAAGUACGCGGUCUCAAGUCUGGGCAAGAGGUCGAGCUUCUACGGGACAAGGUGUACGCUGCCCUGGAGGAGUACACCCGCAUCACCAGGCCCGAAGAGCCUGGACGCUUCGCGAAGCUUCUAUUACGCUUACCGUCGCUACGCUCUAUCGGUUUGAAAUGUCUGGAGCAUCUGUUCUUCUUCAGAUUGAUAGGGAACGUGCCCAUCGACGCUUUCCUCAUGGAAAUGUUAGAAUCUCUCUCGGAUCCUUAGGAGCAGAUAGCGUGCCGCGUCCUGGGGCACGCCGACGUUUAAUUAUUCUUAAUUCAUUAAAAAAAGAAAAAAAGGAAAGAAAAAAGAUACUUUUAGUCUCGCACAUUCACAUCCGAACUGACAUCUGUAAAAGUAUUUAAGUCGAUAGUUUGAUCGAAUUACUUACUUCCUUUUUUUUCCUCUUACUAUAUUAUUUAACGACCGUCUAACGGGGUGUCUCUUUUUUAUUUUAUAAAUCAUUUCUGUCGCGUACAGACGUUCCAUGAUAUUUCAAUUUAUACUUGGGACGUACGUAUGUCUGUAACUGUAUGUAUAUGUAAGAAAGAUUCAUCUUGGCCGAUUCGUAUCGAGAGCGUGUCGGAAGUUACUCGUGUGGAUUCGACAAACUGUAACCGGAAGUUCCGCCUUGCUGUCGCGUCGAUUUUAAUAUGCGACUUGUAUCAUUUUUCUUUCGACGAUCCAAGAUAGAGACUUCCGGCCUUGUCGUUCACGUCAAAUCUACAUCACGCGGCCCAGUUUCGCCUACAGUUUGUCGAUGUCACGCUGCUCGAUCGGAAAACACAAUGUACCCGCGAAAUUCUUUAUUAUUUGAACAUGGAAGGAAAGGAAAACGGACAAUCUCGUUAACCGCGUUUACGUUGGGCCCAAAACCAUCUGGUUCCUCGACGAGAAAUUGAUCCUGAUCGAUGUUCCUAGAACGGUGAUCAUUUUUUUUUCUCUUUUACACUUUCCUACCUAAUGCCGGGAUCCGACUGCUCUUACUCUUCAGGUUUUUCAUUUCGCUGACUUAUCGUGAUACCGAACGGAGAUUAUGAUGACGAUGGUUUUACCGACGACACUUUUAUAUAUCUUUAUCUUGGAUUAUACUCGUUUGUUUGACACGGUUCAACGAAGACGCGGCACGUACAUAUAUCUUUUAUUAUCUUGAAAGGAAAUGCUUACAUUCCAACUCUGCCUCGAUUCGGAUCGUUACUUUAAUAAGACAUUCUUCUGUACGGAUAUAAGCGCAUAAUGCAAUUGCAAUUUUGUUAAUUGCAUGCACGACACUAUGAGACAGGUGAAGAGUGAGAAAAAGUGAGGAUAGGUGGUUUGGCGGUAGCUGGGGAAUGGGGGGUGGGACGGGGGGGGUGUUUAGAAAAGAAUGACGAUACAUGCAGACACGCCACACAAUGCAUGGUCAGACGUACACGUGUAAUGCAGUAAUUUAUUGUUAUGUUAUAUUAUUAGAUUAGACAAACUGGAACUUACUAAUUCAUUAUUGAUACAUGCGUUAUGGAAGUUCUUCUCUCUUUAAUUUUUAUACAGCGAAUACCUGUAAUAUAGUAGAACAAGAAAAAUGACGGCGACUGGCCGUUCAGGCCUGGCAAUUUUUAAUGUUUAUUUUUGCAAUUGUUUUUUUUUUUUUUUGUUUCUUGGGGUAUACUUUUCGUUAUACUUAUAGAUCUAUUGUUGUACGCGAUGCUGACGACGACAUUGCACUUUUAGGUAGAAUAUAGGUGAAAUUUUUAUUAGGGCAUUUGUAGGGAUAUUUUUGACUCUAGGGAAUACUUUGUACUUGACUUCCAUCUAGGGAACGUAAAACCAAAUUAAGGUGUAGGUAGGAGAUUCUAGGAUGUCUCGUGGAGAGUCUUAAUGCGAAUUUAGCUAUUUAAAUGAAUUUUGAGGUUUGAAAAGUGCAAUGGCUUUGGCGUACAGUAAUGCGUCCAAUGUUUAUGCGAAAAUAUUAAUAGACUUGGUAACGAAGAAAUAAUAUAUACGACCGAACGACCGGAAGGAGGAAUGUGCUCUUGUGUGGUCGUUGGUCGUUUUCGCAAUGUAAAUAAGGUGCGACUCGAGUUGAUGGAAUUGACAGAGCGAUGUAAAUUCGAAGCUACGCGUUAUUUGAUAUUAUUGUAAAGUUUUAUCGGAAGGUAUUUCAAUGUUUGUUUAUAGGACGUGCAAGGCAUUUUACAAAUGAAUAUUUUCUAUUUUGGCUUUUCUUUUGCUUCUGGACGGAUUCCCAUUAGUCGAUCGAGACUUCGUGAAUUUAAAAGUUCAAAAUUGUGCAGAGUGUCCAAAAUAUAGUUAUCGAUCAAUUGCGUCUUGAAUUGUCUCAGUCGUUAAUUUAAAUAUCCUUUAUCGCCAAACCUACGAAUCUACAUCGUCUCCCUCAACUCUGGUGAGUCGAAUCAGACAGCUCCGCUAUGCAUAAGCGAACGAUCAUACUUACUACUAUACAUAAAUUAUGAUAAUAUUAUAUAUUAUUCAACAUAUUUCUAUUUUUGCGUGAAUGCCUACGAUUGUUAGUUGUUGGUUAUUGUUAUCUACUUGAUGAGAGUUUUUAAUGUUAUGCCUAUCAUGAAAAGAAACAAUAAUUAAAUUCUCAACCUUUUUCAUAAUACACUGUGUGCAGUUCAAGUUUAUUUCAAAAUGCGCGGCAUCGCGAUGCCCGUAUAUUAGCCCACCAAUCGAAUUCAUCUGAAUCGCGAUGCGACAUCGAAACGACAGAUUCUCAUUGGUCAAAUGACAAUUGGCCAUAGUCGACUGACCAAUCCUGUCGAUGUAACGAGUAUAUAACGAUCGCUCAUUGGUAAAGAAGUCUCGGACGAUUUUUUAAACCGAUUUAAGGUAAACGAUAUAUUAUUUAUUAUUUUUAUUCGGAGCGAACGCGAACUAACUAAAUAAUUCCCCCCUUUCGUUCGUCUGCUAUCUUCUUGCACCUAUCAUAAUUUAUCCUAUUAUUGUUAUUUUCGUUAUUUGAGUAGUGAGCCGAAGAAAUUCGACCAAAAUUACCUCUAAGCGUCCGUGACGUGAGACCGACGUCUCUUCGAAUUUCCAUAAACAAUGCAAAACAUAGAGUGAACGCUGAACAAGAUAAUUAAAAAUAAAAUCAUCAGGAAUGGAGGGCGCGAAUGCUACCUGUGAAUGAAGUUUCAUAUAAAAGAUAUAUAAAUGUUGCGAUAAAAAGCUACUCUAUUAAUACACCUACUAUACACAACAUGAAUACACGUACACAUAAAUAUAUAUAUAUACAUACAUACAUUAUUAUUAAUAAUAAAUUCGUCUAUCAUAAGGAAAACAAUAUGACAACCUCGGUAACGGUCAGUUUAAGAAAGGUGUGUACCUCGUCGAUGUCGAAUUUUUUAAAUCUCACUGUAUAUAAAGUAACACGUGCGAACGCAGCAUUAAUUAACAACAUUAAAUUAUAAUAUCUGUCACUCAAUAAGCGUUGAAGAUGUAUUAAAUAUUAAAUUCGAUCAGGAAUUCGGUACAACCAAUCGACAAGUCCUCUUUUGACCUCAUAAUUAAGGUCGAUUAUCCAAUCCAGGAACAAUCAGUCCCGUACAGUUGUCCUCUUUGGUCUAAUCGCUAGUACUUCUUUUUUGCCAUAAAAUAAUUGUUUUACGUGUUAAAUAUUUAUCUUUAUUUCUAUCUAUUAAACUUAUUAACCUAGAACGGUGGACGAUGCGAUGCUCAAAUUGUGUAUAGUGAUGUUUCACCUAGCAGCAAUGUCCUAGAAUUAAAGGACUGGAAGCGUUGUGAAUUUCUUGAUUCUGUAAAAAAUGAGAAGCAGUAUGAAAAGUUGUACAUUAUUUUUUCAGUAAUUGAUUUGCAUACAAAUUACCGUCCCAAUAUAUAUAUUCUCUUAUAUUGUAAACUAACAUGGAGUCUCACAAUUUUAUUGUAUACCCCAACAGCAUUCUUUCUAGCAGUCAUAAUUUUUAUUGCUAAAUCAAUAAAAUUGCAACGCAUCCAUGCCUCAUAGAUCAGUACAAAUAAGUUAAACAAUAAUAAUUGGUCUUACGUCAUACGUAAGGCAAUUCCCUACUUAAUAAAUAAAAAAUAGUAGCGAUCCUCCUACUGAAAUGAAUAUUGUACCUUUGCGAAAAAAAAGAGCUAAUCUAUAAGACAAGCUAAAAUGUGUUACUAACUUCAUCUUCUUGAUAAUAAUUGUCAUACGAUUUACGUAAUAUCGCCAAUUCACUUGAUACAUAUAUAUGCAUAUAGAUAUACAAUAUUUGUUCGAUCUGUAUGUAUGAAUAUCACCAUAAGCUAUGCCAGAUAAGCCUCACUGCGAAUUAAUGAACUCUUGGAACAGUUUAUGCGAAGUUUCUGAAUUUUAUUUAUUAAAAAGAAAAAAGGAAAAAAAAAUUGAAAUAACAAAAUAUUUUCAUACAAUUUUAUGGGCAUAGAUCAACCACGACAGGGUUGCCAAAAUUAUCUGAAAAUUUUGGAAAUACAAUUUUUAACUUCGUAGAAACCAAUUUUUCAUCCCUGCAUGCAAAUCCAAGAGUCCUAUCGUAAUUGAGACACGUUAUAGGGCACCAGUCAAAUGUAACAUUCCACCCUGCAUAUUGUAUAGAUUGUAAGGAAUUUAAAUUAACGCGAAAGAAAUAACACUUAAUUCUGAUCCAAUGAAAAUUAGGCGAAAGAUUUUUCGAAAUUUCACGCAAGGUAAAAUAAUCGUUCACACAAAAAUAUUAAACGAACAAACGGGAGGCUUGAAUAUUGAAAUUGUCAAAGAAAAUUUGGAAUUAACGUAAUUAAUUAAUGUGGAUGGAAAGAAAUGUAUUUUUGUUUUACUUACUCAAAAAUCCCAAAAAAAUUUUGAGUAACUAACGAGUUUACCUUUAUGGUUGUGCUAUGUGUAACCGGCAAAGCAAUAUCCUGUAAUCACUUAUCCCCUUGUCAUCUUCCUUUAUUAAAACUCGUAAUAAGCUCUAUUGCUGUCGCUAAUAAUUAAUCCAAUGCAAUUUAUUCGAUUGAGAAGAAGCCACGUGUAAUAAUUGUCGUAGGAUGUAAUACAGUACCAUUUACCUAUACCUAUAUAUACAGCUGCACUAUAGAAGUGAAAGAAAAUUGAUUAACCAUAAACGUUAAUUAAGAAUUAUACGCUUUUCCCUCUUUAAGUAAAGAAUAAUCGAGGUUGAGACUGGGGCAGAUCAGCGGGUUCUAUUUUUUUUCCAUGUACGUGUAUUACUUACAACGGGUUACGAUGUUGAUGAAAAAAAAAAAAAAAGAAAAAAUACAAAAUAAAACAAGGAAACGCCAAGACGGAACGAGGAUGCGCAACAA